AUGAGUAUAACAAGAGAGGACAAUGAUACCCCCGGACUUCUCUCACAAAUCGAAUUUUCCGAAUCCCUCACACAAACACAACCCAAGCGAUGUAUGACAGUUAACUUGAAAAUGCCAUUUGAUAUUUGGUGUCAGCAAUGCAACAAACAAAUUGCCAAAGGGAGUCGCAUAAGUGCGGAAAAACGGACGGUUGGGUUUCAUUUCUCCGCACGUAUAUUUGAGUAUGUGGUGUACUGCAAAAAUUGCAACCAGAAGAUUUCCCUUCGAAACGACCCUCAAACAGAGGACUACAAACUUGUACUUGGCGCGCGUGCGACUCGUCCGUUUUCACAAAGGCAAGACAAACACACCAAAUUAUUGAAACUUGCUACUGAACCACACAAAGACGUGUCAUCGCAUUUUGACAGUCACCGCGAAAUUAGUGAAGAACUGACUGGGCGUUGGGGUGUUUUAGAGCAACAAAUGCUCACCGAAGAACAGAACGCAAUUGAUGAUUUCGACAUCAACCAGAUGCUUCGCAAAAAGAGGAGUAAAAAGGUUCUACGUCCACUUUCAGAGAAAAGUGUAUACGUAUAG